CUUCAUGGAAAUUUAUGCAAGCAAAAUUACCCUUACAACCUAAAUGCCAGUCAGUUCUUGAAAAAGAUAGGAAUCUACCGGAAGGAAUGAAUAAUAAUUCUUUGAAAAUCAAGAAAUGUUGCCGUUUUGAAGAUUGGAGGUUUUUUGGAGAAUUACUAGAUUUGUUCGCUUGGUAUCCAUUCCAAGCUCUCAAUUCAGGCGUUCUAGCUUUAUUCAAAGAAUAUUCACAACGUAAGAAAUAUUUGCAAACGAUCUGA